AUGAAUCUCUAUUUUGAGGAAAGAUAUUUCAUGACUGUGAGUGUGUGUGUUGAUGUUUCUCGUAUAAACGGCGGCGAAAUGGAUUAUGUAUCGAAAAAGUCGCUUCCCACUUCAAUGAUUGCAAAAA